AUGAAGACUUAAUUUGAUAAAAGUAGAAUUGUUAAUGUCUACUCUCCAAAUCUCCCUCCAUUUAAAUUGACACUAACUUUUAAAACUACUUUUAAUGAUGUUCGCAACCAAAUUAUUUAAGGAUGGAGUAUCAUCCCUAAGCGAGUCAGAAUCUUUAAUUAAAAUGGUCAUGAAUUGAUAGAGCAAGAUUUACAAUUUGUUCUAGAUGGAAAUAAAUUAUAUAUCACUCUCUUCGGUUAGGACUUGGAUGCAAGUAUCAUAUUUUAAGAGUACGAGAUUGUUUCAGAAAUUGGUAAGGGAGGUUAAGGAACUGUCUUAUUGGCUAAACAUAAGUUUAUUGGAUCCUUUGUGGCUGUAAAAAUAACAAGAGAUACUGAAGAAGAAGACGCAAUUAUAAAAAGGGAAUCUAAGAUCUUGAAAGACUUACAACAUCGAAAUAUCGUAAAAGUCUAUUAAACUCUUUAUUUUUCUAAGACUAAAGAGUCUAUAAUAAUUAUGGAAUAUUUAGAUGGUGGAUCACUAUUACAAUUAAUUAGAAGUAAGUAUCAUCUUUAUUGUAAUAGACAAAGGAACAAUACCUGAAUAGGAAGUGAAGAUAUAUAUCAAACAGAUUGUAGAAGCUUUACUCUUUUGUCAUUCAAAAACAUUUAUUCAUAGAGAUUUAAAAUUAGAAAAUAUUAUGUUAGUUAAUUAAGGAAAUACUUUGGUAUUUAUAAUAUUUAAGUAAGGUUAAAUUAAUAGAUUUUGGAUUAGCAGGAGUAGCUGGAACUUAAAGGGAAACUGAAACAAUGAAUGUUGGAACUCUCCCAUAUAUGCCUCCUGAGGUACUUAAUGGAAAACUCAAGUUUGUUUGUCCUUGUGUAGAUGUAUGGGGAUUGGGAGUAAUUAUGUAUAGUCUGUUAUAUGGUAAAUUACCUUUUAAAGGAAGAACAAAUGAAGAAAAAGUCAACAAUAUUCUUCAAUGUAAUUUUUAACAUGAAUUAAAUGUCUCAGAUGAUGCUAAAGAUCUAAUAAAUAGAAUAUUUGUACCUAAACAUAAUUAAAGGAUAUCAAUGUAGGAAAUAUUGGCUCAUAAAUGGAUAGGUGGAAAUGGUUUCUUACAAUUUCGUCGAUUACUUAAAAAAUCAGAAAAUCCAUAUUUGAAAAAUGUAAAGAAGAAGUAUGAUUUUGAAAUUCGAAAAAAAAGUGUUUGUGAUGAAUAAAAAGUUAGAAUUUCUCUUCCAUUAAUCAGAUAUAGAGCUAGCUCUUAAGAUACAAUUAUUGAUAUAUCUAAAUGA